AUGGCGGCACGCGUGCGCCGCAUACCGACGGCACCACUGCGAUUAUCGCAAUCUUCCCUCAUCCGAUGUGCGACGGCUUCGUACCAGCAGCAACAACGCCUGCAGAGCACGGCGACCAACCACUUCGUCCCGCGGUCGACCACCAUCAGCGCGACGGAUGAUGGAGCAUGGAAAGGAGCAGGAGGAUUCCUCCUAGCGGUCAAGGACAACAUCGCGACGUUGGGGCUGCCUACUCAGUGCGCCUCGGGGAUACUGCAGGGCCACAUGUCGCCCUUUGAGGCGACGGUCGUGCGGCAGCUGCGGGCGCGGGGCGGCACGGUGGUGGGCAAGACCAACAUGGAUGAGUUCGGCAUGGGGUCGCACUCGACGCACUCUGUGCACGGGCCGGUACGGAACCCGCUGGACACCAGUCUCUCCGCCGGCGGCAGCUCGGGCGGCAGCGCCGUGGCCGUGGCCGUGGGCGACGCGGACGUGGCGCUGGGAACCGACACGGGCGGAUCGAUCCGCCUGCCCGCCGCGUACACGGGGUGCGUGGGCUACAAGCCCAGCUACGGGAUGCUGUCGCGGCACGGCGUCGUGCCCUACGCCAACUCACUGGACACGGUAGGCCUGCUGGCGCGCAGCGUCGGACCCAUCCGGGAGCUCGUUGUAGACGGCGGGCUGGACCGGGAGCACGACCCGCAGGACCCGACUUCGCUGUCCGACCCGACACGUCGGCGCUGCGCAGGGGUCCGCCAGCCGAUGCUGGGCCCCCUCUCCGGGCUGACGGUGGGCAUCCCGCUCGACUACAACGUCGAGGAGCUCGACCCCCUGAUCCGCGAGGCGUGGACAGCGGUCGCCGAGGCCCUGGCCGCCCGGGGCGUCAGCGUCGUGCCGGUAUCGCUGCCUACGACGCGCGACGCGCUGGCUGCAUACUACGUGCUCGCACCGGCCGAGGCGUCGUCCAAUCUGGCCAAGUACGACGGUGUGCGGUACGGUGUGCGGUACGGUGUGCGGUACGGCGACUCCUCCUCCUCUCCUCCUACCGAGUCGUCGACAACGGGAGACGACGAGACGACGCUCUACUCUGACACGCGCGGCGCCGGUUUCGGCCAAGAAGUCAAGCGCCGCAUCCUCCUGGGCACGUACACGCUCAGCUCCGACGCCAUGGACAACUACUUCAUCCAGGCGCAGCGGGUGCGUCGUCUCGUCCAGCGCGACUUCGACCGCGUCUUCCGCCUGGCCAACCCGCUCUACGAGCCGCCGCAGUUCGACCUCAGCGACAUGGACGACGCGACGCUGCUGCGCGACAAGCAGGGCCCCGAACAGGUGGACUUCCUGCUGUGCCCCACAGCGCCCACCCUCCCCCCACGGCUCCAGGACCAGUCCGAGUGCGACGGCGGCGGCAGUGUCGUCGACGCGUACACGAAUGAUGUCCUGACCGUGCCUGCUAGUCUGGCCGGUCUGCCCGCCAUUAGUGUGCCCGUCAAGACUGGGGGUGCGCUUCCGACCGGGAUGCAGCUUAUCGCGCAGUACUGGGAUGAUGCGAGGCUGCUGGCUAUGGCAGAGGAGUUGGAGAAGAUGGUGACUCCGUAG